AUGGACGUGGACUACCACGGACGCAUGGCAAGUCCGGCUGCGUCCGCGGCAGCCACAUCCAGGAAGCGCACGGGCCUCUAUAGUGACUCUGACAGCGAGGGCACUCAUGUCUACUCACUGAGCAGCGAGGAACCUUCCGACGACGAAUUUGAGCUUGUAAUGAGCCGUAAGGCGAAGAGGCGGAACACCAGAACCUCUUCGUCAUCGAGUACGUUGAAUGAGAGAGCGCAAAGGAGACCCGUGACCAACACCAUCCUUUUCAUCCCUGAGGUACCGGACGGCAACAUGAAGCGCCUCAACAGGCAAUCUGUUUCGGCGCUGCUGGAAAGACUGGUGCCAAAUGAGAUCACGGACAUCCGAGUGCACACGCGUAAGAACGUCAUGGCGAUCGACGUUUCAAAUGCUGCCGCACUUAACACACUGCGCAACGUCACCGAGCUGGAUGGAAUGAAGGUUCGUUCCUAUAUUCCGUUGGGCUCUAGCGUCGUCACUGGAGUGAUCUACGACGUGGAUACUGUCAUUCCCAGCUCCGACUUCAAUAUUCUUGUCAAGCCGGCAAAUGAAGCCAGCGUCAUCGCAAAGGUUUUCCGUUUGGGCAACUCACACUGCUUAAAGAUGGUGUUCAAGGGCGACUCUCUUCCUCCGCACGUAAAGGUGGGCCAUUUUCGACAUCCUCUGCGACCUUUCAUACCGAAGCCACUACAGUGUUAUAACUCCAUGAAGAUGGGCCACGUCAAAAGCGUAUGCGAAGACAAGACAGUGUGUUCUCGCUGCGCCGAGACCCAUUCUGCAGAUGAAUGCAAAGCAACUGCCGUCAAAUGUUCGAAUUGCGAUGGAUCUCAUGCAGCUUCGUCAAAGGAAUGCCCAAAAAUUCAAACGGAAAUAGCCAUGUUGAAAGAAAUGGUUAGAGACCAUUCUUCGUAUCGGGAGGCUGCCAAGACCGUCAGAAAGAGGCGACAUCGUCGCCGCAGUUCUUUAAAGAAUGCCACAGACUCUGCAUCGGCCGCGCCCCUCCACCGCCCUUCUUUUUCACCGCCCUUGCCUCCAAGACCGAAGGCGGCCAGCGCGGCCAACAAACCGACAAACAGCAUUGUUGCUGUUGAGUCAGUUUGGCCUACAUUGCCGAAGUCACAGCCACCUGCAAGUUCCAAGUUCACAUCAAAAGCCAUAACCUCCGAACCAGCCGCCGACAAGCUGCCUGAGGAGGACAAAGAAGUCAUCACAAUGUUCGAACGCUGCUGGAUGCCCUGCGAAAGCUCUGCAGCAAUCUGA